CACAAGGAUCUGUACAAGGAGGCCAUGAUGGAGGAGCACCAGCCUCUUAUAUCACAGGAAAAUCCCAGUAAGAAUUCUGAUGAAGACAUCAUGUUAUCACUAAAUUAUAAAGCAGAAGAUGAAGAUAUCAUGCAGAGCUCUUCAGAAGAAAACAUCAAUGUACAUUUAGGACUUUACAGUACAGAUCUGUUAUGUAAUCCCCCUAAUCAUGAGGAACCUUCUCCUGACCGAUCACAGAUUGUUACCACAAGUACAGGUCAGAAAGGGGGUAAAAGGUUCCAGUGUGGUAAAGAGUUUUCAGAAAUCUCAGCUUUUUCUACAUACAGGAGAAUUCACACAACUGAGAAACCAUAUUCAUGUUCAGAAUGUGGGAAGUGCUUUACGGAGAAAUCAAAUCUUCUUAGACAUGUGAGAAGUCACACAGGAGAAAAAACAUAUUCAUGUUCAGAGUGUGGGAAAUGUUUUGCACAAAAGUCAGAUCUUGUUAAACAUAAGAGAAUUCACACAGGAGAGAAGCCAUAUUCAUGUUCAAAAUGUGGGAAGCGCUUUACAGAGACAUCAAAUCUUCUUAGACAUGAGAGAAGUCACACAGGAAAAAAAACAUAUUCAUGUUCAGAAUGUGGAAAAUACUUUAUGGAUAAACCCAGUCUUCUUAUUCAUGAGAAAAGUCACACAGGAGAGAAACCACAUUCAUCUACACAAUAUGGGAAAAGUUUUACACAAACAUCAGACCUUGUUGCCCAAGAGAGAAUUCACACAGUAGAGAAGCCAUAUUCAUGUAUAGAAUGUGAUAAAUGUUUUACAGAGAAAUCAAAUCUUUUUAGACAUAAAAAAAGUCAUACGGGAGAAAAACCAUAUUCAUGUUUAGAAUGUGGGAAAUGUUUUACACAAAAAUCAUAUCUUGUUAAACAUGAGAGAGUUCACACAGGUGAGAAGCCAUAUUCAUGUUCAAAAUGUUGGAAGUGCUUUACAGAGAAAUCAAAUCUUGUUAGACAUGAGAGAAUUCAUACAGGUGAGAAACCAUAUUCAUGUUCAGAAUGUGGGAAAUGUUUUACACAAAAAUCUGAUCUUGUUAAACAUGAGAGAGUUCACACAGGUGAGAAACCAUAUUCAUGUUCAGAAUGUGAGAGAUGCUUUAAAGAUAAACCAAGUCUAGUUAUUCAUGAGAGAAGUCACAUAGGAGAAAAAUCAUAUUCAUUUUCAGAAUGUGGGAAAAAAAAAUCACAAACAUCAGACCUUGUUGCCCAUGAGAGAAUUCACAUAGGAGAGAAGCCUUAUUCGUGUUCAGAAUGUGGGAAGUGCUUUACAGAGAAAUCAAAUCUUCUUAGACAUGCGAGAAGUCACACAGGAGAAAAAACAUAUUCAUGUUCAGAGUGUGGGAAAUGUUUUGCACAAAAGUCAGAUCUUGUUAAACAUAAGAGAAUUCACACAGGAGAGAAACCGUAUUCAUGUUCAGAAUGUGGGAAGUGCUUUACAGAGAAAUCAAAUCUUCUUAGACAUGCGAGAAGUCACACAGGAAAAAAACCGUAUUCAUGUUCAGAAUGUGGGAAAUGUUUUGCACAAAAGUCAGAUCUUGUUAAACAUGAGAGAAGUCACACAGGUGAUAAACCAUAUUCAUGUUCAGAAUGUGAGAAAUGCUUUAUAGAUAAACCAAGUCUUGUUAUUCAUGAGAGAAUUCACACAGGAGAGAAACCAUAUUUAUGUUCAGAAUGUGGGAAGUGCUUUACAGAGAAAUCAAAUCUUAAUAGACAUAAGAGAAUUCACACAGGAAAAAAAACGUAUUCAUGUUCAGAAUGCGAAAAAUCUUUUACACAGAAAUCAAGUCUUGUUACUCAUGAGAGAAUUCACACAAUGGAAAAGCCAUACUCUUGAUCAGAAUGUAGGAAGUGUUUUACAAAUAAAUCCCAUCUUGUUACAGACUAGAAACAUCUCACAGCAAAGAAAACAUACUCAUGUUCAGUAUGUGGGAAAUGUUUUAAACAGAAAUCAAAUCUUUUUACACAUGAGAGAAUUCACAUAGGAGAGAAGCCCUAUUCAUGUUCAGAAUGUGGGAAAAUUUGUAUAGAUAAGUCAAAUCUGGUUAAACAUGAGAGAAGUCACACACGAGAGAAGCUAUUUUCGUGCUCAGAAUGUGGGAAAUGUUUUAUAUCCAAAGCAGAACUUAGGGAACAUCAGACAAGUCACGCAGAAGAGAAGCUGAUUUGUUGUUUUAUAUGGGAAAAAUGUUUUGUAAGGAAAUCAAAUUCUAUAUCUUAUCAGAUAAAAACAAACCAUGUUAGGUUUUGUAAUAUGGGAAAUGCUAUAGGAGCAAAAAAUUUAACUCCAGUUAUUCACAGAUAUUAAAGGUAUAUUCAGGUUUCAUGGAAUCAAUCUAUUCUCAGGAUCUUUAGACUGUUGGUGGUCUGACUCUUGACUCCCUUGGCAUCCUGAAAAAAGAUCAACAUACAUAGUAAUGUAGUAAUAUAGCUUGUAAGUCUGAAAAAGACAUAUGUCCAUCCACUUCAGUCUAUUUUCCUACAAAGUGCAUCCAGUGGAAGGCAAAAAAAAAAAUUUUUUUAUUUUAGGGGAAAAAUUUCCUUCCUAGUCAAUCAGGCAGAAUAACUUCCUUGAUCAACUACCAAUUUCCAGAAUACUAGUUUUUAUAACCUGUGAUAUUAUUUAACUCAAGAAAUACAUCCAGGCCCCUCUUAAACUCUUUUAGUGAGUUCAAGCCCCCCUUCCCCCGUGGCAGAGAGCUUCAUAGUCUCACUGCUCUUACAGUAAAGAACCAUUUUCUAUGUUGGUGUAGAACCUGCGGCCUGCGUUCCGGACUAAUAAGGCCCCACAGGUAAGUUGCCCAAAUAUAGAUCUUACCCCCUCAGUGAGUCCCCAAGCGCUACUCGGGACUCCUGGGAUCUCUCGCCGCGGGACUUGACAUGCUGCGGUUUUAUCUUCGUCCAAAAUGCCGGAUCCGGAUUUUUUCCCAUUAAAAUGCAUUAAGGCCAGAUCCGUCCCCGAGUGUUCUGGCAAA